AACAUUGUGUCCUAGGGCACUGGGGAGAGUAUAAAAGGAGGCGCAGGAGCCCUGCCACCCUGGCUCUUCAGUAGUUUCUGAACAUGUAGAUAGCAGGAUGUAAGACAGGGCACCAGGGGCCGGCGAGGCCGAAUCUCAGGGCGCUGCUGGCGCUACUGGUGAUAGAACAAUAUGAUCAAGUUAUAAGAGCGGGAGGGACGUGGGGGGGAGGGAAAGAUUGUUUCAGUGAAAAAAUGAGGAAAGCUCCACUCGAAGAUCUAAGGAAUUUCCGACUCUCGAACCUUUGCACAUAGUUUUCGGUAACCUUCAGCAGGGGGCGCUCGGAAAUUGUCGUCACUUUCCGGACAGCCUCUCAGACUUUACCCUCUGGAAAGCGGUUCAGUGUUUCCGGCUUUUUCUCAGUUGUAGACGCUCGUGAGUUUCCGGCAGUUUCCGGGGAGACUCGGGGACUCUGCGUCUCCCCCGCUCCGCUCCGCGCGCCCGGUGCGGUGGGGCAGGGUCGUGGCUAGUCAUGGCGUCCCCGUCUCGGAGACUGCAGACGAAACCAGUCAUUACUUGUUUCAAGAGCGUCCUCCUGAUCUACACUUUCAUCUUCUGGAUCACUGGCCUAAUCCUUCUUGCCGUUGGCAUUUGGGGCAAGGUGAGCCUGGAGAAUUAUUUUUCCCUUUUAAAUGAGAAGGCCACCAAUGUCCCCUUCGUGCUCAUUGGCACUGGCACUGUCAUCAUUCUUUUGGGCACCUUUGGCUGUUUUGCUACCUGCCGAGCUUCUGCAUGGAUGCUAAAACUGUAUGCAAUGUUUCUGACUCUCAUUUUUUUGGUUGAAUUGGUCGCUGCCAUCGUAGGAUUUGUUUUCAGACAUGAGAUUAGGAACAGCUUUAAGAGUAAUUAUGAGAGAACUUUAAAGCAGUAUAACUCUACGGGAGAUUAUAGAAGCGAUGCAGUAGACAAGAUUCAAAAUACGUUACAUUGUUGUGGUGUCACCGACUAUAGAGAUUGGAGGGAUACUAAUUAUUACUCAGAAAAAGGAUUUCCCAAGAGUUGCUGUAAACUUGAAAAUUGUUCUCCACAGAGAGAUGCAGAUAAAGUAAACAAUGAAGGUUGUUUUAUAAAGGUGAUGACCAUUAUAGAGUCAGAAAUGGGAGUGGUUGCGGGAAUUUCUUUUGGAGUUGCUUGCUUUCAGCUGGUUGGAAUCUUUCUUUCCUACUGCCUCUCUCGCGCCAUAACAAAUAACCAGUAUGAGAUAGUGUAAUCAUCAAACCACGGGCUUACUAUUGUUCAGCUUUAAGGACAUUUACAUUCCCCCCUGUGAGCUAUGAGAUUGCCUGGAUGGAAGAUUGCCUAAUACUACUUACGAUAGACCAAAAAAUUCCAUCAGUAAUAGUCUGAUUCAAUCAAGACAUUUGUGUAGGUCCACCUUUUGUCCCAUUGGUGUUAAUCAUUGAAACCCCUGUAUCACUGUGAAACACUGGAAGAGCUAAUAAAUUAUAAAUGAAGCAA